UAAUAAACUCGUGUAUAUAUAUAAUUGCUUUACACUGUUUUCCGCAGAGAAGGGAAUUUUCAUCGUUAUUAAUUCGUCUCCAAUUACUAAAAUAGUUUUUCUGUGUUAUUACGUCGAAAGAUUAUGAGGAAAAUCGCAAUAUCCAUCCUUCUUCUGGCGUAUGCUAGUUGCACUUUGGCUAAUCCCUUUGUGAAAAGAUCAUUUGGUAACUUUUGCGCAUUAUCUAGAGAUCAGUUGUCCGAGUUUGCUCAUUGCCUGGACGAUUCCUUGGGUGACGAAAACAGAGAUAAUGUAAAUGGUUUUUUGGAAUGCCUCGGUUACUCUUCCAUCUUCGAUUUUUUAGAAGCCUCGUGCAAUUUUUCGGACCUCGACAUGACAGAAGACAAGGCCAAAAGAAUUUUUUCUUGUUAUAAUCAAUAUGACGAACAUUUAAAAAAUAUAAAUAAAGAAGAUGAAAAGCGUUGUCUGGAGAAAAUAACAGCCGGCAUUGUGGAAUAACCUCAAGAGAAGGACUUUCAGACUUAUACAAACCCAAGAUUUUUCGAAGUUCGAAUGUUACGUCUCACGGAGAAUCGAUUCGUCUAAAUACAUUUAUGAAAAAUUAAUGACUUGUUUUAAAAUCUCUUGUAAAUGACUUUUUGAAUUAAAAUCUUUCUGCAUUAA